AUGAAUAUCUCAACAUCUACAUUCUCUACCAAGAGAAGAGGGCUUAAGAAAGUUGAAGAGGAAGAAAAUGCCGCCACGCUGCAAUUGGGAGAGGAAUUUCAACUUGCACAAGUAAACCACCAAGGCCAAGAAGAGGAGCUGAUUGCUUUGAAUCUAAGCGAGGCCAGACUGGUCAUCAAGGAAUCGCUAGAAAUGCGCAAAAGGCUGUUCAAACAGUGGAACAAAAAGGAAGAUGCCAUGGAAACCGACGACGACGUUGAUGAAGAUGGACACACACAGAGUCACGAAAAGGAGCUACAGAACAUCGACAAGCUCUUAGAAACAACUACUGGUGGUAACAACCAGGCGCUAAAACAGACGCUGGUUUACCUGACCAAUUUUUCGCGAUUCAAAGACCAAGAAACAGUCACGGCGGUCACUCAACUUCUACAGAGUACCAACCUACAUCCCUUUGAGAUUUCACAAUUGGGGUCGCUGUCGUGUGAAGAUGCCGAUGAAGCCAAGACUUUGAUUCCAAGUCUAGGGAACAAGAUAUCUGAUGAUGACCUCGAUAGAAUACUUAAAGAGCUCUCCAACCUCGAGACUCUGUAUUGA